UGAGUAUAUAAACCGACGUACUGUCAUCUAACUGCCUUUCCACUUGCACUGUAUCUUUAAAUUAGUAAACAUGAGAUCGUGUAUUCUGGGAUUGCUUUUGGUGUCUUCUCUGUUAAUCAGUGUUUCAACACUGUCCAUCGUCAAACGACAGAUAGAGGGUGCUCCAUUGCGAAUUAGCCAGAAUGAUGCGGAUCUGUGUGAAGGCAGACUUCCGGGUGAAUAUUUUCGUCUUUCGCCAGAAGAAGAAUGUCGAGAUGUUGUCAGAUGCUCCACACAUGGUCUACUAGCCUUAAGAUGUCCUUCUGGGCUCGUCUUCGAUAUCGAAACACAGACGUGCAACUGGAGAGAAGAGGUCAAUAACUGUGAUCAAAUUGAAAAAAAGAAAUUAGCUGUACCUCUUUAUGCCACCAAUGAACCAAUCUGCAGCGCUUCAAAGAUAGCUUGUGGAAAUGGAGAUUGUAUGGAAAGGGAUCUUUUCUGUAAUGGUGUUCCCGACUGCUCCGACGGAUCUGAUGAGAAUGCUUGCUCUGAGCACGAUCCGAACAAAGCGCCGCCUUGUGACCAGAGUCAGUGUAUUCUUCCCGAUUGCUUUUGCUCUCCUGAUGGUACCCAAAUACCUGGAAAACUGGAACCAAACAACAUUCCUCAGAUGGUAACCCUUACUUUUGACGACGCUGUGAACAUCAAUAACUUAGCAGUUUAUCACGAUAUCUUUAAAGAAGGUCGCAACAAUCCCAAUGGAUGUUCUAUUAAAUCCACAUUCUUCAUUUCUCACAAAUAUACCAAUUACUCUGCUGUACAAGAGUUACAUAGAAAAGGCCAUGAGAUAGCAGCGCAUUCUAUCACCCACCGUAAUGACGAAAAGUACUGGACAAAUGCCGACAUUGAUACCUGGGCUAAGGAAAUGGCGGGUUCUAGACUUAUCAUUGAACGGUUUGCAAAUAUAUCAGACAAUUCGGUUGUUGGCGUUCGUGCUCCUUACCUGCGAGUGGGUGGAAACAGUCAGUUCGGCAUGAUGGAAGAACAGGCCUUCCUUUACGACUCUUCCGUCACAGCCCCUCUCAGUAACCCUCCUCUAUGGCCCUAUACCCUUUAUUUUAGUAUGCCCCACAAGUGUCAUGGUAAUGGACAACACUGUCCUACACGCUCUCAUGCUGUAUGGGAGUUGGUCAUGAACGAAUUGGACAGGCGUGAUGACCCUGAAUUUGAUGAAGAGCUGGCUGGUUGCGCCAUGGUGGACACCUGUAGCAACAUCAUAACACGUGAUCAAUUCUACAAUUUCCUUAACAACAACCUGCAACGCCACUACAAGACCAACCGUGCCCCUCUAGGUUUAUAUUUCCAUGCUGGAUUCUUGAAACUCAACUCCAAGUUUCUGGAGGCUCUGAUCACUUGGAUUGACGAAUCUUUGGACAAGAACGAUAUUUACUUUGUCACCAUGACGCAGGUUCUUCAGUGGAUGCAAAACCCAACAGAACUCAGUUCCAUCCGGGACUUUGCUCCAUGGAAAGAGAAGUGUGACAUCAAAGGUCAAGCAUAUUGCAGCAUCCCCAAUGCUUGUCCACUGACCACUAGGGAGUUGCCUGGCGAAACUAACAGAUUACACACAUGUAUGGAAUGUCCCCACAACUACCCUUGGUUAGAAGAUCCCACUGGUGAUUUUUUCGCUUUUAAAAAAUAAACACUUCUAAAAUAAUAUAUCUUAAAUAUAAAAACUAAAGUUGUCAUUAUGAGAUUUUAAUACAAUUCUGAAAAUGUUUUUUUUUUCUAUAUUUGAAAACAUACUUGUAUAUCAGGUUUAAAGCAUGAAAUACCGCUACAACCUUAUUUGGGUCAAUAACCCGUUUUCCUCACCAAAUUAUUUUUUUAUUUACGGAAGUUCACGUUACUCCAACUAACGGUGUAGUUCGUAAUCUCGCUUAUCUAUUUGUUUGCCAUAGGGAAAAGGAGGACCCAGUUUUGAUAUUUAAAAAAAAUAGCGAGUGAUUCCCAGUCAAUGUCCUGGAAAUAGCAGAGAGCAUUUAAAAUUAUUCCACGUGUCUCCUGUAAACAACUCUGUACAUAAUAUUCGGAAUAUAUACUGAAAAAUUCGAAAUGUGUGCUUAUUCACCCAUGUACCACAGGACAUUUCGCACAACUCUUAAAUUUACAAACUUAAGGUUGUUUAGCAACUGGUACUUAAAUAAUAAAUAUUGAAUAGUGCCAGUUAUAGUGUCCAAGUUUAGGUGUUUAGUGUAAAAUAUUGUGUUGGUUACUGUAUUCUUCUAUACUCUGUAUAUUACCAACCAGGAUUUUACGGAAAACAAGAAUGGAAGACUUUAUAAGAGUGUGUUUCUAAUAAAAUACCUAUACCCA